GUUGGUAAUCAUUAUUCUUUGGCACAGAUCUAAUAAAACUUAAAAAUAUGGAUGUUGAAGUUAAUACCAUUUCUUUACAAUUAACGGAUUUAAAUGAAGAUUGCUUACUGCAGAUAUUCAAUAUGCUAAGUUUAGAAGAUCAAAUAAAAGUAUCCAAAGUAUGUACUCACUUUUUUGUGGUUUGCAAAAACGUAUGGCGCAGAAAUAAAAAAUAUCUGACGUUAGACUUUUCACAAUGGAAUGCCAUGCUUCCACAAACCGGGGAUUGUCAAUAUUUUUUAAAUAUCAUGCAACCAUACAUAAAGGAAUUUAAACAUGAUUUUGAUGGAAUCUAUCAAAUUCCGAAUGAGCUAAAAAAAUUUGUUGCAAAAGGUUUCCACAGUGUCGAACGUUGUGUUAUAUCAAGGGACGGUUACAACUCUCUCCAAUAUAUAAGUAUAAUUGGUAUGACCUUUAUAUAUGAAUUAGCCAAGCUGUUUCCAAACGUAAAGUAUUUGCGCAUCUGUGAUGAUAUAACCGGGCAGUACCUCACAUCUUUCCGCAGUUUAGAGGAAUUGCAUUUAUACGAAAAAGAAGACAAGAUCUUUGAAUUGUAUAAUGAUCAUCUCGCCAACAUUUGCAUUGAGCUCAAAAUGUUAAGGGUCCUCGACAUACGCAACUUUAAUGUGAGCGAAUUACUACUAACGCAUAUUGAUUGUUGUAACAACUUAGAGGUUUUGAAACUAAAUCGUAACACCCUAGUCCCUGUGGUUCAUAAUAUUUUACAACUACCAAAGCUAAAAACAGUUGUCGUACUAUUUGAUUUUAAUAUAAAUUGUACUUCCAUAGAGCAUAUAGAUACGUUCAAUUUUAAAGUUUUUCCAACUGUGGAGUUUUUUCAUAUAAUAAACUCAGCAAGUAAUCGCAUCAUUGGUAUGAGCAUGGAUCAUUAUUAUAUGAACUUGAUAGAAAAUUGGGAUGAAAAUUUGAAAAUAUUUGAUUAUUGCAAACUAGAACACUUAGCACUUUGUGGAUAUCAUUUUGAUGAUGUCCGAUUGGAAAAGUACGCGAACAUGAAAAAUUUGAAGUCGCUCUGGUUCCGCAUGUCCACAAGCGUGUCGAAAUCUAAUUUAUUACGGUUCAUUGAGUUUUGUCCUCAGUUGAGAGAGAUUGAUAUUACCUGUUGUUGCGAUUUAAAUAGUAGUUUUUUAUAUGAAGCAAUGGAUCUCAUUAAGAAACUUAAGCGUAAACCAAUAACUUUGUACUAUCAAUUAAGUGGAUUACAAGAUGAAAUUGAAAUAAUAAAUCCUAAGUUUUGGAGUGAGCAGCAAUACAUUAAUUGCAUUUCUGGUUCACCAGAAAAUAAUGACUACGCCGAGAGGAGUUUCCAUUUUGAUUUUGAGAGUCUGGAACUCGAAACAAGUCAUAAAGAUACAGUGCAAGAAAUAGAAAAUGACAAUAAAAUUGAAACAACUCAAUGUCAACUUAGUGACUCUAACGAAAAUGUUUGAAAUAUUUUAAAUAUUAAUUACAAUUAAUACAAAAUUCAUACAAGAGAAAAUUAAAAUAUACCUUUAUAUGAACAC